AAGCAUCUGCAAACCGGACUUGCCAACCUAAAGUCGUCGGUCGAUCAGCUUCCCGAGACUAUGAAGGCGGUGAUCAGCUGGUCAUACGUUCAAGUGUUCCAGCCAAUUCUGAACGCGACGGAAGGCAAGCGCAUGUGCUGGGCGAUUGGUGCAGUGAAUGUCGCUGUAUGGGUCGCAUGGCGUAUUCCUCGAUGGGGACCAGUCAUGUUGCGGAGCUUCGCGCAUAAUCCCCUAUCUGGGCGUUCGUACACGCUCUUCACGAGCAUGUUCAGCCACGAGAACUUCUUUCACCUUUUGUUCAACUGUAUGGCUCUUGCGAGCUUCGGCGCAGCUGCAAGUCAACAGCUGAUAGCACAGUUCAAGAAGGUCGAGCAAGAGCACGGAGCGCUUUCGGAACCCUCACCCAAGUGGCAUUUACUCGCACUUUUCAUCUCCGCUGGCCUCUUUUCUGGUCUCGUCUCCCAUAUUGGUCACACCAGAUGGCAAUAUCCGCGACUCAUUGCUCGCUUGAGGAACGCGACCACAACUCCGUCCACCUCUUCCAGCUUCAGUCUCAAGUCAUCUGCAUCCACGGCGCUUACAAAAGCCGAUACUGCUGUCGCCGCGGCCGGUAAGGCGGCUACAGAGGGGACGUCAUCCCUUGGCUCAUCCGGAGCAAUAUAUGCGUUAUUCGCCAUAACAGCACUCGGCUACCCCGAUGCUGAGAUUACUCUGGUCAUUCCGCCAUACUUUCCGAUCAAUAUCCAGACAGGAUUCUUCGCUCUGGUUGCGAUCGACACUCUUGGCGUACUGCGUGGAUGGAGAUUCUUGGAUCACUUCGCUCACCUAGGCGGCGCACUGUUCGGCGCGUUCUGGUACAAGUACGGCGCGGAGAUCUGGUUUUCGAUACGGCUGUGGGACCUCCCUACUGCGUUCUAUCUCCAUGGGCAUGGGCUUUCGUUAAGGCAGUGA